GGAAAACAUUCGUGUUGAUUUCACGUUGUUUCUAGACGGAUUUUUGUUCAGCCUCGUACAGGAGUAACGCCGUAUUUCCUCCUGCUGCAUACAAAAACAAAGGGUGCCAACUUGUUUGCCUCGAAAAUGAGUUUGUUUUUGCCCAAAUUGACUUGCAAAAAAGACAUAGAUGAAGUGAUUAAAGGCGUAGCGGAGAAGGUCUUAGUCUUGAGAUUUGGCAGAGACGAAGACUCGGUUUGUCUCCACCUGGAUGAGAUCCUGUCAAAAACAGCUCAUGACCUGAGCAACAUGGCCUCAAUAUACAUCAUUGAUGUGGAUAAAGCUCCAAUCUACACACGAUACUUUGACAUCAGCUACAUCCCCUCCACUGUUUUCUUUUUCAAUGGACAGCACAUGAAAGUGGAUUAUGGCUCUCCAGAUCACACCAAAUUUGUCGGCAGCUUCAAGACCAAGCAAGAUUUCAUGGAUCUUAUCGAAGUCAUUUACAGAGGAGCCAUGCGUGGGAAGAUGAUUGUUCAGAGUCCAAUAGAUCCUCAAAAUAUUCCAAAAUAUGAUCUCCUCUACCAUGGUAUUUAGAGUUACAGUCCCCACCUACACAGUGUGGCCUUAUGUUUACAAGGACUUACUGCUGUUGGCAUCAACCUCUUCUACCAUCAUGUAAUAAAAUGCUGGUUAAUGACUCGACUAAAGAUAGCUCUUUUUUGUUUUGACACACUCUAAAAAAUUCUCAAUAUAAAAUAAUUGUUAGUUUUUUAGAUUGCGAAUAAAGAACUUGAAAGCCUUUAUUUAUUUACUUUUUACUGGGCCUUUUAUUUAGAGACUUUACCUUCGGUCAACACAAAUGUUUGAGGAUAAGGUGACGGUAAACAAAUGAUUUGCUAACUUGUUAACAUAGUUUGGAAGAAUAUUGGUUUAAGACUGGUUUUGUAAAUGUUUACUGCUGAAGUAGUUGUCGGUAAUCCCUCAAGUAUACACCCAAUCUUUUCAUCAGUAAAAGUAAACACACAUUUUGUUUACAAGUAAACUGCACAGGGAACAUGUAAUGAAAAUGUUCACACAAGAACACUGUUUACCCAAACAUCUGUGAAAUGCAUCAAAUUCAUAUUUGAUUUAUUUGCUCAUUUCAGUGUUUGGUUCCCACAAAUAUAACACAAAACAUGAAAUAUUUUCUCAUGAUAACAGGAAGAAGAAAACUUAUUAUACCUGCCCCUUUGAUCGAGUUUUAAAUGUGGAACAGACUGACAUUUAAAUAAAUAAAAGACCAAAAUCAGUUUGAUUGGCUUUUCAAGCUUAAGUCAGUUUUAUUUGCAGCAGGACUUUUUAAUCCUUGAAAAACUUUUUCCCCCCAUUAUUUUUACCUUUUUUAUUUUCUUACUGUUUUGAACUGUACAAUUUGAUAUAAGGUCUGAUUAUUGAAAAACACGUUUUACUUCAUUCUAUUUAUUUCUUUUGAAAAGGCUGUGUCAUUAUGAUGUUUCCCAUGGAAAAGAGCUGCAUGUCGGCCGAGAGAUACACUUUAUUUAUCCAAUGUCUGUGCUUCGUUUGUACAAUAAACUUGAUUAUAAAACUA